AUUGCCCCAGUAGCCCUGGAUACGUUGCAGAGUUACAGUGAGGCUGAGCAGGGUCUCACGUUGUCCCCAAGCUGCCACUCCCCAUGAACUUGUGGGCAGAUUUGCAUGUGUCCUCCCCACCGCUUGCGCAGCUGAAGCCGCUGCUGCCUCGAGUUGGGGAUGGAGAGAUGGGGCAACUGUGUGGCCGACGACGGUGUCCCUUCAUCCCCAGGCUGCUGGCUCUGCUACUUGUCGCCACAGGCACUGCAGCUGUCCAGAUCGAGCCAGUGAGCGGUGUGCUGGGGCACUCGGUGCAGCUCCCUCUGCAGCUGCAGCCUGGCAGCAGUGUGAAGAGGAUCAUCUGGAGCUUCAGAGCCAAUGCCAGCAAGAAAAUAGAAGUGGCUGAGUACAACCUGGAGACGUCCAAGCGUUUCAAAUACAAUAGGCAGCGGCUGGAGUUGUUCAAUGAGACAACACUGCAGAUCAGUGCCCUGGAGCAGAGUGACAGUGGGGUCUAUGAUGCACACAUCACGUAUCAGUCAAACGAGAUGGAUGAAAGCUCCUUCAACCUCACUGUCUAUGAGCCUGUGCCAGUGCCCCUGAUCCAGCAUGAGAUGCUGUCCUACACUGCCCAGAACUGCAGCAUCAUCCUGCGGUGCUUGGUGCCGGCUGGAAGUGGUGCUCAGACCACCUGGCAGCAUGAAAACACCUCCAGUGCAACUUGGCUACAGAGUUACAACAGUCAUAUGUUGCACCUGACCAUUCCUGCCAGCACCCUGAAUGUCAUCUACACCUGUGUGGCCUGGAACCCGGCACAGAAGCGGAGCAAGUCCGUGGACCUGGCAGAACUGUGUGCACAAGAGGCACACAGGUGGAGGUGGCCCAUCUACCUGGCAGUGCUGGUGGGCGUUGUGGGAGCCUUGAGCAUCGCGCUGUACCUGCUGAAGAGGAGGAGAAAGGCUGACAGAGCUGCCGCCUGCCCCAAGGAGCUGCUGUACUCCCAGGUGCAAAGGAGAGAUGUGGAGGACAGGGAUGAGCAGGGUCCCAGCAGAACCAUCUACAGUGAGGUGGGGAGCACUGGGGAUGGCACAGCGUGGCCACAAGCCUGAGCGACGAUGGACGGACGGACGGAUGGACAGCCGGACAGCCUGCCCCCAUCUUGCUUUAUUUCCCCGUGUUCUUUCCCCUUCCUCCCCAUAGAACACGGGCCUGGUGGUGCUCCACGCGGCCCCGGGCUGUGCACGGCCCCAAUAAAGGCAGA